AUGCAGUUCUCGCGGUUUAUUCCCCGGUCAGGAACCCCUACUCUCCCUCCAUAUGGGGCUCAUGAUGCUCCGUCUUCAGGACAGGAAUCUCGCGGUGCUGCCCCCCCUGAUGCCAUCACACCAUACCUGGGCCUUAGAGCUCGACUCUCGCAAGUCUGGAUCAACAAAUGGACGGUUCUCAUUCUCCUUGUGCUAGUCAGGCUGCUUAUUGCAGUCGGUUCGCUGGAUCACAACAUGGCUUCUGCGGAGCGAGAAGCUCUAUCUGCCUGCACUAGCGUGGAAUCUAUGGGCAGCGCCAUGGCUUCAAUGCCUCACUACAUGUCUAAAGGCGUUAACGAGCUCACUGCCUCAGGAGUUGAGAAGGCGGUUAACGGACUGAUGUCGAUGCUGUCCCUCGUUGUCACUGGUGUGGAAGAAAUUGUUCUCUUUAUCAUUCACGUCUUGACCAGUACAUACCUCUGCCUUAUAACUCUCGUUGUUCGCGGCAGUUUACAUGUCGCCUUGAAAGUUAUCGAGGAUACAACAGAGUUUCUGAACAAGACCCUACAUGAUAUUGGAUCCGGUAUCAGCAAGGGCGUCGAUGGGUUCCAAAAAGAUGUGAAUGAAUUCAUAAAGGGAAUCAACACGGUUACAAGUAUCUUUGGCGAUAACAAUAAAAUUCCUUCGCUAGACAUUUCCGGUGAAAUCAACAAGUUGAACGAUCUGAAACUGCCAUCUUCCAUCAACGACGGGCUAGACAAAAUCAACUCCUCAAUUCCUACAUUUGACGAGGUCCAAGAUAUGGCUGAUACCGUCAUUCGAAAGCCAUUCCAACUAGUGAAGAAACUUAUCAACGAAACUGUCGUUGACUACCAUUUCGAUCGCACACUUUUCCCGGUUCCUGAAAGGGAAGUGCUUAAUUUCUGCACCAACGAUAACGGUAUUAGCAAUUUUUUCGAUGGCCUGAGGGUGGUCAUUAGCACCGCACAAAAAAUUUUCAUUGGCGUUCUUGUUGUUGCUGCAAUUGCCGCUUGCGCUCCGAUGACAUGGAGAGAAAUCCGCCGAUAUCGACGGAUGAAGGAACGUUCCCUUUUAGUACGAAAAGACGCCCAUGACCCAAUGGAUGUGGUUUAUAUUAUCUCCCGCCCCUACACAUCUACUGGUGGACUGAAGAUAUCAAGCUGGUUCCAGUCUGGUCGCAAACAGGUUCUCGUCCGAUGGAUGGUUGCAUAUGUGACAUCUCCCCCAGCUCUUUUCCUUCUCUCUCUUGGAAUUGCUGGUCUCUUCGCCUGCCUUUGUCAAUACCUUCUCCUCCAAGCGGUUAAGAAGGAGGUUCCCGCACUUACAGGCCAAGUCAGCCAGUUUGCUGACCAAGUGGUUCAUUCGCUCAACAAUGCAUCUAAACAAUGGGCAGUCGGUACCAACGGAGCCAUCGACCAUAUGAACAAUGAUAUCAACCAAAAGGUCCUGGGAUGGGUCAACCAGACCACAGGCCCUGUAAACGAGACACUCAAUGUCUUCGUUGAGAAGACUAGCGAUGCACUCGAUAAAGCCUUUGGUGGUACAAUCCUCCACGACCCAAUUCAAGACGUGCUCCACUGUCUUAUCGGACUUAAGAUCGAAGGCAUACAGAAAGCCCUUACCUGGGUCUCUAAUCAUGCCCAUGUUGACUUUCCCCACGUUCGUGAAGACAUGUUUUCGCUUGGCGCUAUCGAGAGCAUCUCCAAUGACAAUGCAACAAACCCAGAUAGCUUCCUCGCAAAUCCUGGAGACAAAACUGCUGAUAAGAUUAGCUCCGCCGUCAUCCGUGUCACUGACGCCGUGGAGUCAGGGAUUAAAACAGAAGCACUCAUAUCCACUGCUCUCAUUUGUCUUUGGCUAUUCCUCCUAUUAAUUGCCUUCAUUCGUGUACUGACUCUGGCCUGGCGUCGAGAUAGAGUACGUGGUGAUGGUGGUAUUGAUGCAACAUACCACCCUCCCGCCAUCGGUACUCGUGCUGUUCCAAAUAUCGAACUAAACAAUUUCCAUGACGUUCCACUAAAUAGUCCUGCAAUUGGAGGUGCGGGUACAGGCAUGGCUCUCGGUGCUGCUCCUAAGUACAGUGCCACACCAAAUGCCACUGGAACCAUAUACCCAACGACAACGAGCAAUGAGGAAGAUUACCAGGCUCAGAAGCUUGGGUAUGCAGGCCAAAGAGAUUAUGAAAUGGCUUUGCAGAAAGACAUGAGGACAAGCAGCUAUGGCCAAGUUGAAUAUGGGACCGAUGUGAAACAUGGUUAA